AUGUCAUGUUCAUAGUGUUCAGAGAACCUGAAUGAUCCAUAUCUUGAAAAAUUCACAUCUAAGCUAGUCAUGACAAUACAGUAACAGUAUGUUGUUUGUAUUCAUAUGCUAAUAACUAUGCUCAAUUGACUAUACUGAUGAUUUAUUGUUGUGUAGCCUACUGCCUGUAACAUUGUAUGUUAUGGCCCAUCUUGCUUAUACAAGAGGAAAGAGGAUUAACUUUGUAAGCUGUGGUCUGAGGCAUUAGGUUGUGUGUGUGUGUGUGUGUGUGUGUGUGAGUCAGUCACACACAACUGUAUAACCACAUACUGUGUCUAGUACAAUACAGUUUGAUAGUCUACUUAAGAUAAGACGAAACCAACUGAGCAGCUCAUAUGGUUUGUUUACUUAUCCUGCAUAAGUCAUGUAUCAGUUUUAUUUUGAGGAAAUGGAAAGUAGACGAGCAGGUUUACUGUCAUUCAUUAGACAAUGCCUAAUGAAAUUUGAGCUGCCAUGACACUGUGGUUAGACGUGGCCUCUAGGCACAGAUCUAGGAUCAGUUUACCCUCCAUAUGUCAUAAUAAUAGAGGAAUCAUUGCAACACUGACCUUAGAUCAGCAUCUAGGAGCAACUGAAUUAUACUCAGUCAGGACACACCUUCAACUUCACAGUAAUUGAUAUCGCUUGCCUCACCCAGACAACACUGACGAGAGUGAGAGUUUUACACACAGUGAAACUGUAGUUUUUCCUUUUUUUGUCAACAGUACACAUUUAAACUACAUGUCCCCAGAGUCUUUAGCCUACUGUUUGAACCUCAGUCACUACUUCCUAACAGUCAUUGGCAUGUGCCCAUGCCAACUUUCAAACACAAAUGAUUUCACACUCACGGUAAAGGCUUCUGUUUUUUAGUUGUCUUUCCAGAGAAUGGCUGAGGGUGGUUUGUAAGAGUCAGAGAGAGCGUGAGAGCUCUGGUAGGCUGUGUUUACACAGUCACCAUGGCCCUGGUCCAGGCCCUAAGCUACAGCCCCAAGGGCCAGAUGGAGGCUAUCUCAGACUCUGCACUGCCUCUGGGGGGCAUCACACACAACAGGCAGCCCUCUACCACCCCUUCAGCCAGACUCCCCUCUCUGAGAAUCCAGACUGCUGCCUUUUACCACAGCUCAGCCUCACCCAGCCCUGACACUAACAAGCCCAAAUCAGGCAAGGAGCAGCAUUACAUUAUCUCUCUCUAGUGGCAACUGUAUGUUGCAUGGAGUAACUUAAAGGUCCCUUGACUUGUCUCCCAGUUAAUCUUACGGCCUAGAUCAGUGACCCUGACCUCCCCCCAACCCAUGCCUAGGACUGUUGCUUCUCCCUUUCCAUCUAACCUUUUUAUGCAAAUAAAGUACAUGUCGGAUAACAAAUGUCACGACAGGCCUGAUGGACACAGGAAAUAUGUUGGUAAACUUUCCAACAAAACAAAAUACGCUAGACAAGGUGCGAUGUUUUUUUGUGUAGGUAAAAUUGAUUAUGCGAGAAAUAGCUGUGGAAAUGCCUUUUCUGCGCAAAUAUCGAUAUAAUAACCAUCAUAUUGAAGCAAACUUGGAGUCACGCGAUGAUGUGUUGUGUGUUCCUCCCACAACGACUCGGGAAAGCAUCCAGUUUAUUAGGCUACAAAUGAAAUAAGUUAUGAUGAACUUCACAGAGUGGUGAAAGUGCACGUUGAUGAGCUUGAUGCUGCUUUCCAAUAAAUAUUGAGAGUCUUAUUCUGGUGACAUCAAUGAUUUUGUUUGUCAAAACGGCAGCCAAGCAAUCUCGCUAUUUUGUCUAUAAUAAUCUCAUCAUUUAGGUAGCCUACCCGUACUGGAAACCCAUUUACUUUUUUAUUCAGUACAUGGGAAUUUAACCGCACAUUUCAUUUUUAUGUGCAUGACUUCGUCACGCACAGCUUUUUAUCCGCAACACCAGUCAAUUUGAUGGAAACACAUCUCUGGCAUUUUGUAUUUAUGCGGAUUGUAGAAUAUUUGCAUGAAAAUCUGUCGCUUAUUGGAUGGAAACCUAGCUACUAACGGUAAAGUCCCAUGAACUGACUAAACGAGAAAUCAUAAGUGUGGCCAACCAGAGUAGGAGCCCCCCUCCCCCUCACUCCUCUAGGUCUGGUUCCUGUGUUUCUUCUUUCCUAAGAAAAAUAUAUUUUGUAAAUCACUUUGAUAAUCAUGUUUGUCUUCUCCUGUCUUUGUCUGCAGUGUUGUCCUCCGUCCUCGAGGUGGAGCUGUUUGAGAUGGGGAUUUGGUCUCUGGGUCUGGGGGCCUUAGGAGCAGCCAUCGCAGGGAUCUUCCUGGCUAAUACUGACCUGUGUCUGACCAAGGCUGCCCAGGCCUCGCUGGAGUACCUGGAGGUCGCAGACCUCCGCUCCACUGGAGACGGUACGAUGGCCCUGGUUCACCUAUUCUACCACCACAUAGAGGCAUUGCACAGGCCGUGAAUUUGGACCAACAACAUGACAAGGAAUUUAACCAGUUUUCCAAACCUUAACCCUUGAUGGUCAGUCAAAGUUACUUAAAGUCUCAGGAAAGGUGACAUCACAGUGCAAGGCUAAAACCAGCUUCCUUCCUCUACAUCGGCAGAGCUUGCCAUCUGUCCAUAUCUUUUCAGUCCAUAUGUUUACAAACAAUUAAACUUGCAUCCCCAGUGAAAGCCCCAUUCUUUGUAUUAGCCUAUAAACAUUGCAUUCGAAAGGUUUUCAGACCCCUUCACUUUUUCCACAUUUUGUUACGUUACAGCCUUAUUCUAAAAUUGAUUAAAUAAAUGUUUUUCCUCAUCAAUCUACACACAAUACCCCAUAAUGACAAAGCGAAAACAGGUUUUUAGAAAUUUUUGCAAAUGUAUAGAAAAAUAAAAAACAGAAAUACCUUAUUUACAAAAGUAUUCAGACCCUUUGCUAUGAGACUCGAAAUUGAGCUCAGGUGCAUCCUGUUUCCAUUGAUCAUCCUUGAGUUUGAUUGGAGUCCACCUGUGGUAAAUUCAAUUCAUUGGACAUGAUUUGGAAAGGCACACACCUGUCUAUAUAAGGUCCCACAGUUGACAGUGCAUGUCAGAGCAGAAACCAAGCCAUGAGGUCGAAGGAAUUGUCCUUAGAGCUCCGAGACAGGAUUGUGUCGAGGCACAGCUCUGGGGAAGGGUACCAAAAAAUGUCUGCAGCAUUGAAGGUCUCCAAGAACACAGUGGCCUCCAUUAUUCUUAAAUGGAAGAAGUUUGGAACCACCAAGACCCUUCCUAGAGCUGGCCGCCCGGCCAAACUGAGCAAUCGGGGGAGAAGGGCCUUGGUCAGGGAGGAGACCAAGAACCCAAUAGUCACUCUGACAGAGCGCAAGAGUUCCUCUGUGGAGAUGGGAGAACCUUCUAGAAGGACAACCAUCUCUGCAGCACUCCACCAAUCAGGCCUUUAUGGUAGAGUGGCCAGACGGAAGCCACUCCUCAGUAAUAGGCACAUGACAGCCCGCUUGGAGUUUGCCAAAAGUAAACUAAAGGACUCUCAGACCAUGAGAAACAAGAUUCUCUGGUCUGAUGAAACCAAGAUUGAACUCUUUGGCCUGAAUGCCAAGCGUCACAUCUGGAGGAAACCAGGCACUGCUCAUCACCUGGCCAAUAACAUCCCUAUGGUGAAGCAUGGUGGUGGCGGCAUCAUGCUGUGGGGAUGUUUUCAGCGGCAGGGACUGGGAGACUAGUCAGGAUCGAGGGAAAGAUGAACGGAGCAGUACGAAGAGAUCCUUGAUGAAAACCUGCUCCAGAGUGCUCAGGACCUCAGACUGAGUGAAGGUUCACCUUCCAACAGGACAACGCAGGAGUGGCUUCGGGACAAGUCUCUGAAUGUCGUUGAGUGGCCCAGCCAGAGCCCGGACUUGAACCCGAUCUAACAUCUCUGGAGAGACCUAAAAAUAGCUGUGCAGCGACGCUCCCCAUCCAACCUGACAGAGCUUGAGAGGAUCUUCAGAGAAGAAUGGGAGAAACUCCCCAAAUACAGGUGUGCCAAGCUUGUAGCGUCAUACCCAAGAAAACUCGAGGCUGUAAUCGCUGCCAAAGGUGCUUCAACAAAGUACUGAGUAAAGGGUCUGAAUACUUAUGUAAAUAAGGUAUUUCUGUUUUUUAUUUUUUAUACAUUUGCAAACAUUUCUAAAAACCUGUUUUUGCUUUGUCACAAUUUACUCCAUUUUAGAAUAAGGCUGUAACGUAACAAAAUGUGGAAAAAUUCAAGGGGUCUGAAUACUUUCCGAAUGCACUGUAGGUUAUUGUAAUGUGGCUAAGACAUGAGUGAAUGCUCAACUGUCCACAGGCUAAAUCCUCGGCCAUACAUGGUAGGCUAUAAAACUCCCACUAAAUGUAAAGCACUUUGAGAACCCUCAGUAAAAAGCAGUAUUUAAAUGAGCUAGCCUAUCCUAUGCAAUUUUCCCUCCAUGUAACAAGGGCUUAAUGUAAAGAGGGAACAUGAUGUAAAACUAUUACGCUCCUUACUAAACACAUUUAUCCAUGCGUUUAACCCAGUCUUUAUACAGUGCCUUCAGAAAGAAUUCACACCCCUUUUUCCACAUUUUGUUGUGUUACAGCCUGAAUUGAAGAGAUUUUUUGUCACUGGCCUACACCCAAUACCACAUAAUAUGAAAGUGUAAUAAAGUUUUUAGAAAAUUUUACAAAUUCAUGAAAAAUGAAAAGCUGAAAGUCUAAUUAUUCAACCCCUUUAUUAUGGCAAGCCUAAAUUAGUUCAGGAGUAAAAAUAAUUGCUUAACAAGUCACAAGUUGCAUGGCGUCACUCUGUGUGCGAUAAUAGUGUUUAACAUGGCUUUUGAAUGACUACCUCAUCUUUAUACCCCACACAUACAAUUAUCUCUAAGGUCCCUCAGUUGAGCAGUGAAUUUCAAACAGAUUCGACCACAAAGACAAGGGAGGAUGGAUCAACAACAUUGUAGUUACUCCAUAAUACUACGUUAAUUGACAGAGUGAAAAGAAGGAAGCCUGUACAGAAUAAAAAAUAUUCCAAAACAUGCAUCCUUUUUGCAGGAAGACACUAAAGUAAACUGCCAAAAAUGUGGCAAAGCAAUACACUUUUUAUCCUGAAUACAAAGUGUUAUGUUUGGGGCAAAUACAACACAUUACUGAGUACCGCUCUCCAUAUUUUCAAGCAUAGUGGUGGCUGCAUCAUGUUAUGGGUAUGCUUGUAAUCAUUAAGGUAUGGGGAGUUUUUCAGGAUAAAAAAUACAUGGAAUGGAGCUAAGCAUAGGAAAAAUCCUAGAGGAAAACCUGGUUCAGUCUGCUUUCCACCAGACAUUGGGAGAUGAAUUCACCUUUCAGCAGGACAAUAACCUAAAACACAAGGCCAGAUCUACACUGGAGUUGCUUACCAAGAAGACAAUGAAUGUUCCUGAGUGGCCUAGUUACAGUUUUGACUUAAAUCUGCUUGAAAAUCUAUGGCAAGAUCUGAAAAUGUUUGUCUAGCAAUGAUAAACAACCAAUUUGACAGAGCUUGAUGAAUUUAGAAAAUAAUAAUGGGCAAAUGUUGCACAAUCCAGAUGUGGAAAGCACUUAGAGAUUUACCCAGAAAGACUCAUAGCUGUAAUCACUGCCAAAAGGUGAUUCUAACAUGUAUUGACUCAAGUGGUUGAAUUCUUAUCUAAUCCAGAUAUAUUCGUUUCUUUUUUCUUUUUUAUGUUAGAAUUUUUCUUCCACUUUGACAUUACAGAGUAUUGUGUGUUGAUUGUUGACAAAAAAAUGACGAUUAAAUAAAUUUUAAUACCACUUUGUAACACAAAGUGGAAAAAGUCAAGGGGUAUACAUACUUUCUGAUGGCACUGUACAUGUAACACACUGCAGGCUUGGAGUUAUUCUUGGUCAUGUAUUCAGGAAAAACUCUGAGCCAUACAUUAGGGCCCAGAGUUUUUUUAAAUGUAUGUGCUGUGUAUAAUGUGUAUGUGUAUGUGUGUGUGUGUCCUGCAGAUGAGAAGACCAUGAAGGCCAAAACUCUGUGGGAGAAGACAGGAGCAGUAGUCAUGGCUGUACGACGGCCCGGAUGAUUUUUGUGCAGAGAGGUGAAGUGAUGAUGUUACUGAUACUUUACAGUAUAGUCAGCUUUUUUUUUACUAUUUCAGAAAUGGUCUUAAUUCAAGUCUAUUCCACACCAUAUGUUGUUGUUGUGUAGAUUCCGCUGUAUGCAUUAGGCAAAAUCUGCAGGCCUAAAUUCCAAAUAAACGAGGCCCCAUCCUAUUAUUGGAAUUGUACUAAUUGUCUGUGUAGGAGGCCUCUGAGCUGUCCUCUCUGAAGACCCAGCUUGAGGAGCUUGGUGUCCCUCUGGUUGCCGUGGUGAAGGAGAACAUUGGCACGGAGAUCGAGGACUUCCGACCUCACUUUGCUGGGGACAUCUAUGUAGACGUGAAGGUGAGACUGACCUGACGCUCUAUGGGUGCAUCUCAAUAGUUUAACAAAGGCUUCCUCUCCUUGUCUCCUCCUUUCCUUCAUCUGCACUGGCCUGAAAGAACUGUGAACAUGUUUGAAUAGAUCACUACAUAGGCCUGCCAUGAAGGAGAGGAGCUAAACCAUGUGUAGAUCAGAGUAUGUGAGUGUAGCUGGAGAGGAGCAUUCCCAAUUUGACUGGAGCACGGAGCGAGAUUCCCAAAGGCUGGAGCUUCGGCAUUCUCGCCCGCUCCAAUUUCGCUCCAGUAGCGCUCACUUCACGAGCUCAGGGCAUGCCCGGCCCAGCAUGCAUUUGUAGUUUACUUGUGUGCUGCUAUAGCCCCUUGUUUUAGCUACUGUCAUGGAGGUCGCUAAAUAUUUUCAUAAAUAAACUGACUUACAAAGAUGAGGACCAAGAGCAAGAGAGGGAGUGCGGUGAUUUAGUGUCCACAACUAAAGAAUCAUUGUGGAAUCUGAAGACACAUAUCCCGAAAGCAUGAUGCUUUACUUACUACGUGUACAUGCUAAAAGAAAGGAACGAGGUGGGUAGAUAACUGUGUGUCAUUGUAGCAAAGUAUUUCUAAACUAAAAAUCAGAUCUCUUAAACUUUUAGUUCAUUUUUGUUCUAUUAUCUAUACAAUAGGCCAUAAUUGAUUUUGGCCCAAUAGGCUUGGCAUAUUCCCACGUUCAAGGAGCUUUCUGUUUUGAUUGGGUUAUUUUGCCUAAAAACCUUUAUGCCUACCUAUAGGAAAAAAAAAAAAAUAACUCUGCAUCUCUGCCCAGCCUGGCAAGACUGGCCAAAAGGGUGUUUAGCAUCCCCAGUGGCUCUGCAAGUGUGGAGCGGAUAUUCUCCGCUGCUGGCCGGCUCUCCAGGCACCAUCGGAUGAGCCUGAAGCUGCAGACUGGCCAAACUCGUGUUUCUAAAAAUGAAUUCAAAGGCACUAAUAAGUCUUUUUUUAAAUUUUUUAAUUUUUUAUUCUAAGUAAGUCUAUAUGCGCAAUUUAUAGACUAAAAUGAUUGAAUACAACGAAAUGUUGUUUAAAUGCUGAGCGCUUUAUGUCCAUACCAGCCUAGUGUGUCACACUCGCAAAUACUUCACAAUGUAUUUAUUUGUAGGCUAUAGCCUUGAAAUAAUAUAGCCUAAAUAAUUUGUUCCUUCUUAGGCUCCAUGUCUGGCUCUUGACCUAUUUAGUGUUUAUAUGCUGUUUAAUAUGACAUUUAGCCUAUUUGAAAUGAUGUGCACUUCUUACAUUCACCUUUUCAUGUUUAUUCAAAUACUUUUCAUUCAAAUCGAUAUGGUUUGGUUUCAGUACUUCAAAACCAAUUGGUAGGUCCAGGUAGUCACAAAAAUAUAUGGGUGUUGGUUAAAUUGUGAUUUUAAUGAAUGGAUCGAAUUUGGAGCGCCAUUUUUUUUCCUGUGAGUGCGGAGCGGCGGUUGGAAAGGAUACAGAGCGGAAUUUCCGACAGCUCAACUUCGCUCACAUGCUCUGGUGUAGAUAUAGUGUGCCCAUUGUCUGUGCCUGACUUUGUUUCAAGUUUUAUUUUCUCCAAGGACUGACUGACUGAUUGAUUGUUUUGCUCGUGUCCCUUGCAGCACCACUUCUACGGCCCGCUACAGAGGAAGAUGGGGGGGCUGGGGUUCAUCCGUCAGGGGGUGUGGCAGAACUUCAUGCGGGCCUGGAAGGCUGGUUACCAGGGCAACAUGCUGGGGGAGGGCUUUGUCCUGGGAGGCGUGUUUGUCAUCGGAGCGGGGAACCAGGUACCACACACACACAUACAGGGCUGUGCAUCAAUGGAGUGGGCUCAGCCACAGCUGGGAAUCAUUGAUUGGAGCUGUUAGACUCAAACUGCCAACACACACUUUGUAUCUGUUAUCAACUCCUUAGUAAUCAGUGGCCAUCAGCAGGACAAUAUGGAUACAAACAUGAUUUAAUGAAAACGAAUGGACAGAGAGCAUCAUUGUUGUGUUGUGAGCUUGUUUGGUAUUAUGUAGGUCCCUUUUUAAAUUAAUGUUGUCUUUUUUGCUCCUCAGGGUAUUCUUCUGGAGCACAGGGAGAAGGAGUUUGGCAACAAAGUGGAGAAUGAAGAUGUUUUAGAGGCCGUCAAGAGAAUUGUGCCAAUGCAAUAG